AUGGGAAUGAAGAGGGUUUGUGUGGAGAUUCCCAGCUCCAACACCAGGGUAGCGUCCAUAAAGGUCUCGUUGGCCCCAGAGCACCCGGAGAUAUUUGGACCGGUCCCCCCACCGCAGGAUGGCAUGGAGAGGGGUGCGAACACCAGGGACUUCCGGGAUUCCUCGGGUGGCAAGGUGGGAACCGUGGACGAGCGAGUACUGAGGCAAACGGUGGAUUGUUGCUCUGACACCGCCGUAGCCUCAGGCCUCCCGGACGCUAUCAGCGUUAUCAGGUACGCUAUCAGCGUUAUCAGGUACGCUAUCAGCGUUAUCAGAUCACUCCUACUGCCUGCCCCAGGUCCCUCCCUACUGCCUUCCCCAUACCCCCCCUCCCACUACCUGCCCCAGAUUAUUCCCUACUACCUGCCCCAGAUCCCCCACUGCCUGCCCCAGAUCCCUCCAUACUGCCUGCCCCAGAUCCCCCACUGCCUGCCCCAGAUUAUUCCUACUUCCUGCCCCAGAUCCCCUCACUGCCUUCCCCAGAUCCCCCCACUGCCUGCCCCAGAUCCCCUCACUGCCUUCCCCAGAUCCCCCCACUACCUUCCCCAGAUCCCCCACUGCCUGCCCCAGAUCCCCCACUGCCUGCCCCAGAUCCCUCCCCCCACUGCCUGCCCCACUACCUGCCCCAUAUCCCCCCCACUGCCCCAGAUCACUCCCUACUUCCUGCCCCAGAUCCCCUCACUGCCUUCCCCAGAUCCCCCCACUACCUCCCCCAGAUCCCCCCACUACCUUCCCCAGAUCCCCCCACUGCCUGCCCCAGAUCCCCCACUGCCUGCCCCAGAUCACUCCCUACUUCCUGCCCCAGAUCCCCUCACUGCCUUCCCCAGAUCCCCCACUACCUCCCCAGAUCCCCCCACUACCUUCCCCAGAUCCCCCCCACUGCCUGCCCCAGAUCCUCUCACUGCCUUCCCCAGAUCCACCCCACUACCUUCCCCAGAUCCCCCCACUACCUUCCCCAGAUCCCCCUGCCUGCCCCAGAUCACUCCCUACUUCCUGCCCCAGAUCCCCCACUGCCUGCCCCAGAUCCCUCCCACUACCUUCCCCAGAUCCCCCCACUCCCACUACCUGCCCCAUAUCCCCCCUGCCCCAGAUCACUCCCUACUUCCUGCCCCAGAUCCCCUCACUGCCUUCCCCAGAUCCCCCCACUACCUCCCCCAGAUCCCCCACUACCUUCCCCAGAUCCCCCACUGCCUGCCCCAGAUCCCCCACUGCCUGCCCCAGAUCCCCUCACUGCCUUCCCCAAAUCCACCCCACUACCUUCCCCAGAUCCCUCACUACCUUCCCCAGAUCCCCCCCACCGCCUGCCCCAGAUCCCCCACUGCCUGCCCCAGAUCCCCCACUGCCUGCCCCAGAUCCCCCCACUGCCUUCCCCAGAUCCACCCCACUACCUUCCCCAGAUCCACCCCACUACCUUCCCCAGAUCCACCCCACUACCUUCCCCAGAUCCCCCCACUGCCUGCCCCAGAUCCCCCACUGCCUGCCCCAGAUCCCUCCCACUACCUUCCCCAGAUCCCCCCCACUGCCUGCCCCAGAUCCCCCCACUGCCUGCCCCAGAUCCCCUCACUGCCUUCCCCAGAUCCCCCCACUGCCUGCCCCAGAUCCCCUCACUGCCUUCCCCAGAUCCCCCACUGCCUGCCCCAGAUCCCCCCACUGCCUGCCCCAGAUCCCCCACUGCCCCACUGCCCCAGAUCCCCCACUGCCUGCCCCAGAUCCCUCACUGCCUUCCCCAGAUCCCCCCACUACCUGCCCCAGAUCCCCCACUGCCUUCCCCAGAUCCCCCCACUGCCUGCCCCAGAUCCCCUCACUGCCUUCCCCAGAUCCCCCACUGCCUGCCCCAGAUCCCCCACUGCCUGCCCCAGAUCCCCCACUGCCUGCCCCAGAUCCCCUCACUGCCUGCCCCAGAUCCCCCCCACUGCCUGCCCCAGAUCCCUCACUGCCUUCCCCAGAUCCCCCCCCACUACCUUCCCCAGAUCCCCCUCACUACCUUCCCCAGAUCCCCCACUGCUUGCCCCAGAUCCCUCCUUACUGCCUGCCCCAGACCCCCCACUACCUUCCCCAGAUACCCCCACUACCUUCCCCAGAUCCCCCACUGCCUGCCCCAGAUCCCCCCACUACCUGCCCCAUAUCCCCCACUGCCCCAGAUCCCCCACUGCCUGCCCCAGAUCCCCCAUUGCAGCACCGAUGCACCCUUCCCCAGGGUCCCCUCUCUGCCUGCCCCAUUGCAGCACCGAUGCACCGCGCCACCGUAACCUCUCUGCCUGCCCCAUUGCAGCACUGAUGCACCGCGCCACCGUACCCUCUCUCUGCCCCCCACUCAGGCACCGAUGCACCGCCCACCACUACCCUCUCCCGCUCCCCCCACUCAGACACCGAUGCACCACACCACCCCAGUACCCUCUCUCUGCCCCCACUCAGACACCGAUGCACCACACCACCGAUCCCCUCUCUCUGCCCCCCCCCCACUCAGACACCGAUGCACCACACCACCGUCCCCCUCUCCUCUGA